UUUUCAUCUGUGAGCUAUUUCACUUCGUUCGUGGGACGCUUCGCGCCGUAUAAUUUAUUUUUUCGUAUUAUUUCUUUGUAUUUUUCACUGAGAGACGAAGAUAUAUUGUGACUGUGUUAUAAGAACUCAAGACUAUCACUUUCGCGUAACAUUCGUGAUAUAAUUAUUGGCAAUGUCAGGAAUAGCGAGUGCACGUUUAGCUGAAGAAAGAAAAGCCUGGCGCAAGGACCAUCCCUUUGGUUUUGUGGCCAGACCUAUGAAAAAUCCUGAUGGAUCUUUAAAUCUCAUGACAUGGGAAUGUGCGAUCCCUGGUAAAAAGGGGACGCCAUGGGAAGGAGGUCUUUAUAAGCUACGUAUGAUUUUCAAAGAUGACUACCCAUCAAGUCCUCCAAAAUGCAAAUUUGAACCUCCACUGUUCCAUCCCAAUGUUUAUCCAUCAGGAACUGUUUGCCUUUCACUAUUAGAUGAAGAAAAAGAUUGGCGCCCUGCAAUCACAAUCAAACAAAUCCUCCUUGGUAUUCAAGAUCUACUUAAUGAGCCUAAUGUAAAAGACCCUGCACAGGCUGAAGCUUACACAAUUUACUGUCAAAAUCGAUUAGAAUAUGACAAAAGGGUUCGAGCACAAGCACGUGCCAUGGCAGCAACUGAGUGAUGCGGAGUAACAUCAAUACACUCAAGUGAACUACUUGCCAUCAAUCAGCCAUGUUACAGAAAGCUAAUCAUAACUAAAUAAGCAUUUUUUUUUACAAAAUAGUAAGUGGUGCAGGUGUGUAAUAAAAUAUCAUGUCGAUUGUAUUGGAUCAUCUUACUAUUAAGGAAUAUGAGUUAGCUCUCUGUAACAAAGCUAUGCAAGAUAGUUCAUGUCAGUGUUAUUGUUGAAAUGUUCAAUGACUUCAAGUAUUAUGAAUUAUCUAUGAAUAAUUCAACAGUACAUCUGAUUUUAUUAAUAUAGAGAUUCCAAUAAACAUACAAGCCAUUUCUUCUACGUGCUGUUCACAUUAUAGAAGUAAUGGUUACUCUUAAGGUUCAUUUUAUUUAUUUGUAAAGUUGCAUUGAAUAAACACUGAAUAAUGAGUAGUAAGGCUUAAUAUUAUGUGAGUGUCCGACUUCUUGAUUGAAAAUCUCAUAUCUUGAUUUGCACAUAGAACUAAUUGUGAGGAUCUACAUGAUUAUUUUAAACUAUUUUUGUAUUUUUAUGUUAGUAACAUUAAUAAAUUUCUCAAAAGUAUAACAUGUCA